GAGGAGGAUCAGUGGAGUAGACUUCAAGAAUGGCACAUGGUAAAAUAUCACUUAUGGAAGAGUCUUGGAAAAUCCUUGAAGAGUACCAUAUAGAUGAAGAUCUGGGCUUCGCUCUGCCAAAUCCACUGGAGGAGCUACCUUGUGAUUAUGAUGCCUGGAUUUUCAUUGCUAAAAAUCUUCCUGAACUGAUUGAGAAUGGCCAACUUCGAGAAGAAGUUGAGAAGAUACCAAUGCUCAGCAUUGAUGAUCUCCAAGGACAUAAGUCACAGAGACUUGCACACUUGGUUCUAGGGUACAUUACCAUGGCAUACGUGUGGGAUCGAGGUGAUGGAGACGUCCGAAAGGUCUUGCCAAGCAAUAUUGCUAUUCCUUACUGCAAACUCUCUGAGAAGCUGGGGCUGCCUCCUAUUCUGGUUUAUGCAGAUUGUGUCCUGGCAAACUGGAAGAAAAAGGAUCCCAGUGGGCCUAUGACCUAUGAAAACAUGGACAUUUUGUUCUCAUUUCCUGGUGGAGACUGCAGUAAAGGAUUCUUCCUGGUUUCUCUCUUGGUGGAAAUAGCAGCUUCUCCUGCAAUCAAAGCAAUUCCUAUUAUACUCAGUGCUAUGAAACGGCAGGACCAGGAUUCUUUGCAAAAGGCACUUCUUGAUGUAGUUUUUUCUCUGAAAGAAGCCCUAACAGUGUUUCAGGAAAUUCAUGAAUAUGUGGACCCCAAACUAUUUUUCAAUGUUCUUCGCAUAUAUUUGUCUGGCUGGAAAGGUAACCCCCAGCUGUCAGAGGGUUUGCUGUAUGAGGGGGUCUGGGACACCCCCAAAAAAUUUGCAGGGGGCAGUGCUGCCCAAAGCAGCAUAUUUCAGAGUCUUGAUAUCCUUCUGGGCAUAGAGCAGAUUGCUGGUGGAGGAUCUGCUGCUGAGUUCCUCCAGGAAAUGAGAACAUACAUGCCACCAGCACAUCAGAACUUUCUUCGCUUCUUAGAGUCAGGUCCAUCAGUCCGUGAGUUCAUUGUUUCAAAAGGUGGUGCUGGCUUGCAGGAAACUUUUAAUCAGUGUGUAGAAGCUCUGGUUUCCCUGAGGAACUACCAUUUGCAAAUAGUAACGAAGUACAUUCUGAUUCCCGCAAGCCAGAAACCCAGGGAAAAUGACACCGCAGAGGAGACAACAGGACAAGAAAGCAGAGGAACUGGAGGCACUGAUCUCAUGAAUUUCCUAAAGACUGUAAGAAAUACAACUAAGAAAUCCUUUUUGAAGGAUCGCUGAUGUAACCCCAGCAAGGAUAAAUUUCAAUGAAGCACAGAAUUUCACAUAUAUUAUUGCUACUGCUCAUUGAAUCAGACCCAUGCCUUAAUGAUAGGUAAUAAUUUACUAAUGAUACACCAUAAAAAAUUUCAAAAUAACUUUUUCUUCUAUCUAUGGAGUCCAUGUAAGAAAAUCACAAGACGAUUGCACAAGAAUUCUAAAAAUAAUACUAGAAAUAUUAUAGCCUGUAUUUAUCAAUGUAAUAUAAUGAUGAAAUUCAAUAAAAAGAAAAUCAUGUAAGA